AUGAUGUGUCUUAUGAAAUUAUUUAAAAUGAGCUUGUUAUUGGCCCAACUUACUGACUCACCUAAGCCUAGAAAUGCUAUGGCUGGUGUUGUUAAGAUUGGAUAUUUGAAAAAAAAUAAGAAUAUGAGAAAAAAGUUUUUUGUACUUCGAGAAGAGACCGCAGGUGGUGGACCUGCACGCCUCGAGUAUUAUGAAACUGAAAAAAAAUGGAGAAACAAUGCAAUGCCUAAAAAAGUCAUUGUGUUAAAGUCGUGCUUCAAUAUAGACAAACGUGUAGAUGCGCGUACUAAAAAGACACUGAUAUGUUUGUAUACUAAGGAAAGUUCCUUUUAUAUACAAUUCGAUAGUGACAAAGAAUGUGACGAGUGGUUGGACCUUAUGUUAGUUUUACAACGAGUUACUAAAGAUUUUGGACCUGGUGUUUCACUCAAAGAACCUUUCGAGCAUAUUUGGCACAUCUCUAUACUAAAAAAAGAGUUGGGAAUGAAUGCAAAUUUAAUAGGCAUGACUGGACUCUGUUUAUGUGACAAAAAAGUGAGCAUCAUGAAAUAUCCCACUAAAUCAAAAGAACAAAAAUCUAUGGAUAUAAUGUUGUCAAGUAUUCGUCGAUGUGGAGCUUUGGGUACAUUUUUUUACAUGGAAGUAGGACAAAGUUCUCCAUUUGGACCUGGUCAUAUAUGGAUGGAUACAUGGAACGAUGAUGUUGCAACUAGUGUUCACGAAACUAUAAUGGGCGCAUCAAGUCGAAAUCAUGAUCCUAGAUUUAGAAUGAGAUCAUCAUCAUUUAAUGAAGGAUCACGACUUAUAAACUAUCCAAUAAGACAGCGUUCUAGUUGUUUUUAUGACGAAAAUCACCCUGGGCUUCGAUAUAAAAAUAAUAGUCAAAGUUCCUCAACUUUAAAUAAUGGAAAUAUUGAUUUAACUCGUGCAGUAUCAGUUAGGGAGCGUUGUGAUAGCAUGCCAUUGCGACCACGCACUAUUAGUGAAAACACAACUUCAUCGACGCGUUCUUUCAAUGGAAUUUUAUCUCCAAAACAAACUUUCCACAAAGGUUGUAAUUGUGUUUCAGCAUCUUCAUCAUUAUCAGCGUUUAACGAUUCUAACUUGAGUACUUGGGAUUCGUCACUAUCAAAGUCUACAGAUACCACAGAUGGAAUCUCUUCAUUUUAUACGAGUCUUAAUGACCACCGUUCUGCAAUACUUGAGGAAAAACAAGAAGAUUUUGUUUCUUAUACUCCAUUAGACAAAGAAGAAGAUUCUUUGAGACAAACAAGUGACAGUUAUGUUAAUAAUAAUAUUAACUUGAUUAACAACAAUAUUGUUGGUAAUAAAUCCAGUUCCUCUUCUCAGGCGGGUUCUUGUUGUGACUCAAAUAGUCCAUAUGGCUCACCCAUCAAUGUAGAUGAUGCAUAUACUCCUUUAAACCCUUCUGGUACGUCUGAAACGUCUCCACCACCAGAUGGAUACCUUCCAAUGAAACCAGGAUAUACGUUUUCUAGUAACUGUGUAAAUGUUAUGCCAUUGGAAGGACAUAGUAAUUCUAAACAAGAACCUACUGAAAUGCCUCAAACAGAAUUUGAAUCACCUGAAGGCUAUGUUCCUAUGGCACCCGUUGGUAGAAUGUCUGAUUAUGUGUCUAUGGAUUGUAAGCAAGGAUCUAUUGAAUCUGGUACACCUUCUACAGACACACGCUUUUCUGACAUUCAUCUGGAUAAAGUGUGUGCUUACCUUACACCAUCUGAGGACGAAGGACCUAUUGAAAGGCCUACUCGAGCCUAUUCUGUUGGUUCCAGACCAGAUGGCUUGAGAGAGAAAAUUGACAAAUUAGCUGAUCGAACAAGAACGCGUGCAUUUUCAGUUGGCAGCCGCGGUCGAUUACCCCCAACUGGGCUACCUCGGAAUGGAUAUCAGUCUGGUUCGACCAGUAUGUCUGAACAUAGUGAUAGUGGCGAUCGAAUGGAAAUAGAUUUUAGUUGUAAUUCAAAAUCUCGUCGUCAUUAUUCGGCAACAUGUCGCACCUUGUCUAUUCAGCCACCAGCAGAUUUAUCACCAAGGUCAUCACCUAAACUUUGUCCUUCUCCUGAUCCGUCAUACACUCAUAGACCAACUGGUCGUUCCCCUCCAAAAUCUAUAGUGUCUUCUGUAGAUAUUAAAAGGACACUAUCUGGAGCUGUUCAUGGUAUUUCCAGAUCACCUCCAACAUCUUCACAUACGUAUUUGUCACCUACAUUAGAAAGAGUUUCAGAGGUGCCUGGUAUUGAACUUGUUGAUAGUUACACACCAAUGAAACCGAGCCAAGGAUUACUUCCCUGUGAAAACACAAGUAUGGUGGUAGAAGAAUCAAAUAAAAAAAAUUAUGUAAAUGUAUGGGAAGCCGCAAGUAGUACAUUUCCACUCAUGAAAAUGAUUGGAGGUUUGAAUUGGAAAAAAAACAAAAAACGUAACACAGCUCCAGUUCUAGAACAACUUGUUCCCAUGGCUGAUGAAGGCAUUGAUGAAGUAGAUGGUUAUACAACUAUUAGGCCAGGUGUCAUGGUUGAUGAAGGCAUUGAUGAAGUAGAUGGUUAUACGACUAUUAGGCCAGGUGUUCAUACAAUACCGGUACGAGAACAACAGAUCGGUCAGUCUUCUGAUGCCGUGUUAGAUGCCAUCUGUGAUGGACUUGCGGAUAUAGUAUUCUCAGACCCAUCUCAUAUUGUCUCAUAUAAUUCUCAAAACCACUCUAAGUCAGAUAACUCUGUUACUUCGCUGGAUGGGUAA